UGUGACUGUGACGGACUCUGAUCGAGUGGCCGCCUUCAAGCCCUCAAGGGCUUGCAUGAGAAUCGUCAGAAGACACGCUGCAAAUCUGUCCCUGCGCCCACAUCGCAUAGCAACAGGAAGCAAAGAAACCCUUAGAGUUGCGCUGCUCAAAACGCUGCCGCGGAUUGGCGCUUUCGUGGAGUGCAUUGAGCUGGUUCAGCUGUAGUUAGAAUCAUUCAGAUCUGCACUACCCUACAAGAGCCAGCAUGGCGCCUGAAGCAGCGACGCCGACAAAGCUCCCAGAGCUGAAGUUCAGCAUUGCGCCGGACCGAUUAAUAGAACUGACAAAGAACGUGCUUGCGAAAAACCAGGGCGUGGAUGAUCCUUUGCUUCUAGCGGAUGACUUCAAAUUCGCUGCGCCUAUCAUCUAUCUUGGCAAGAAGGAGUUCCUCAAAGCGUUCGCAUCUUUCCAGCUGAAAGUUGCAUUCCCAGAUGUUGAGGCGAACUUCUACAACUUCUUCGUUGACCCCUAUGAACCAAACCGGGUAUGGUUUUUCACACGGACCCGCGCUACCCACACAGGCCCUCUCAAGUUCGGGGCACGCACGAUUAAGCCCACUUACAAGCGUGUUGAAGCGGCCCCCGAAGUGUCGUCGAUGACCUUCAACGAAGAGGGCAAGGUGACGAAGCUGACCGUGGGCUAUGUGGCAGACCGAAGAGUCGGUAACACUGGGGGCCUUGGAGCACUUUUUGGCAUUCUGUACGCGGUUGGGCACCCGUUGCCGUUCCCGGAGGCACGCCCCUAUAAAGCAAGCUGGACAUAUUGGACCUUCAUUACAGUACAACGGGUUUACGGGAUAGCAACAAGCUGGGCUCAAUACGGCUACAGUCUGGUUUUCGGUGGGAGCAGUGCGCAGGCAAAAGCCGAUUGAGAAAGAGACAAGAUGAUACAAGAAAAUAGAGCGCAUAUGCUUACAGACAUAUAUAGAGUUGACACUCAAGCUUUUUGUACAGUAGGGGUACCGUCUGGGCACUUGGCGUAGCAUGCCCGCAACUGAAUUUUUGGAUGUACUGGAAAAACAUCAAACUUGUGCUUUCCGUUUGCAUCGUAUCGUUGGAAGUGGAAUGACCUUGAUGGUUUAGCUGGUGAGGUUGGAAGUGAGCACGAGGUUUGAUAUGUUGAAGUAUGCUCGGCCAGAAUCAUCUCAAAUAUCGUGACACACUAAACAUGUACUUAGCUGCACUCUCGCGUCGGCGCAUGUUGAGAAGUACC